AUGCGCAAAGAUAGUGUCUUUCAUCGAUUGUUUGUUGUCUCAGACAACAACAUUGUAGACGAUGAGUCCGACGACAAUGCCGUGCAUCCUUCGUCCUCAUUGAAGGAUGUUGGUGCUUGGGACAUCUUUCGGGAACACCUAAUGACCGACAUGUCAUUCGAGGAAAUGCUAGAAAAGUUGCAUGCUUAUCUUGGCGUCAGAUAUCGCGAAGAGGAUUGGAAGGAGGCAGUAGACUCUCUGUUCACUGGGGAUGGCAAUAUUGGCAUCGCGUUAGACAACCUUGCGAGCAUCAAAGCACACUACCUUCAUUGGAAGGAACAUCGACCAACCUCUCAUGCGGUCGAGGACAUUGAUAGGCGGUUCGGGCAAGGGGCUGUGAGGCCAUCACAUAUUAUCUCGGAUGAGGGAGACUGCAAUGUAGAACGAGUGGUCAUGCCCAGAACAUCAGGUGAAUGGGUUGUAACAGUACCUGUAUCCAUCAAAGCAUUCGGCUUAGAAACUUAUACCCAUCCAACACUUCCCGGACGCUUGUAUGUCACUGCACCAAAUUCCAUCAUCAUCCGAGCAGCUUUUCCAUCCUCUCAUGCCGACUGCUUCCUCUGGUGUGCAUUCGCUUCUGAUGAUCAGACUCCGCAUGCUAGUAUUGCCAUUCCUGGAUGGUAUCGCAUGACGCAUGGUGCAUACAAUCGCGAUAUAGCGUACAGGCUAUCAUAUGAUGAUCCUAUGAAGACUGUCAAGUUGUUAGUAGCCUCCAGACGACUGAACGACCCGAGGGACAUUGGGAAGCUCAGACAGGAACAUCGCCUCCUUGAGCACCCUGCUGGUGUUGAAAACUACAAAUACCGAGGUCAAGAAUACAUCCAUGGCCUGAUGUGCAUCGAACAGCCUAUUACGGAUGUCAUCAGAAUAUCCCUCCCUGCUGCGCAAGACAUUGUCCUCCACAAGGAGUUGGGGUGCGACCCAGAAUUUGUCUCAGUCACCAUGCAUAUGUAUUCCGCUCAGUACUGGAGAGAAGGUGAUGAGGUGCGAGUUGUCUCUGGGGCUUUGUCAGGGACCUGGGGCAUCAUAUUGGAUGUUCAGAUCAAUGAUGGCAUGGCACUGGUGGAUCUGGCCUGCGUCCCAGGGUCGAAUGGCGCACUUAUCGAUAUAGAUGCACCAGUCUCAUUUCCCAUCAUGGACCUGCGGAGGCGUAUUCAAGCGGGGCAUCAUGUCCGUGUCUUGGAUACAAGUGCAGAGAAAUCAGAGUAUAAGGGCAAGGAAGGAAUAGUUCUCGAAGCUGUCAACGACACACUCGUUGUCCUGGAUUCGGUCACAAAAUCUGAGACCCACAUUGUCAAUCGCGGGUUAUCCGCUUCCUUCAGUACCAUUGUGCCAACAUCGACGGUGCUUCCUGACGACGACACAGCGAUGAGAGGUGAUGGUGUCAUAGUACAAAAGGCGGGAGAUUUUUACUUGAAGAUCGGGACAGUAACAGCUGUCGAUGCUGUAUUGAACCAGUUAACGUUCCUCGUCUCGGGUACACGAGACAUCUAUCUGACUGUUCCAAUUCUGUGGACCAGUGUCUCUCCUAAUCUAGCUGCCCUGCGUUUUACCCCAGCGUGCGGAUAUGAUGUGGCAGCCGGAGACAUCAUACAAGUUGUAAGGGGGGUAGCAUGGAACCUAUCGGGCAUUGUCCUUGAUGUUGACCUGAGUAACAAAACCUUGACAUUCCAAGGUCCCUACACAAAGAUCACGAUUCCCAUAACUCAUGCCACCAGGAUCAGCUCAACAGCAGAGCACGACCCUAUGGCACGGUGA